CCUCUGUUGGCUCAGAAGCGAUCGGACCUCCCAGCCCAACAGACGGUCCUGUCCGUCUAACGCAAAUUAUCAAGAAUCGAGUCCCGAGAAGCGAGAAUCGAGUAUCGAGUACCGAAAUCCAGAGCAAGUCCAAGUCCGAGAACUUCGCCUCUUCGCGUUCGUUGUCGUAGUGGUCAGGUGAAUGCCAUCGGGGCAACGUGCCUGGCAUUCAAAGAUAUAUUCGAUAUAUUAAUCCGCGAUUCGUGUAUAGCAGCCAAUUUAUAUAUGGUCGGUCUGCCCCGUUCAAAACGAAAACAAAUUGGGAAGAUAUAACCGCAGCAAAAGCAACAAAAGUCAAAAAUGUUUGCAUUUUUGCCAGUUUUAUUACUUUGUGUGCAUUUGCUGCAUUUUAAAAUAAUCUCUGGAGUAGAUCUGCCAUCCGUUUCGGUAGGGCUUGAAGCUCCAGUUCCUGUGUGGCAAAAUGGUGAAAUAAAUGCGGCACCCCAGGCAGGAUUGCUUAAAACGAAUGCCACUGCUGAAGAAAACAAUAAUGGAGCUGUGGAGGAUUCCUCUCCGCCAAAUCUGAGCCGCCAGCGACGUCAGUUCUUCUUCGAUCCGAGUAUUUUGCUGUGGCAGGGAGGACUUGGUGGCUCUGGAAUACCAGGUGGCUGGGGUCCUGGCGAGGGGUCCAAGUGCCUCACAUCUCGUGGCCAGCCGGGAGUGUGUGUUCGCAUCGAUGGUUGUCGGCAGUAUUACAGGCUGGCCCGCCAGCUAUCCAUCAUCACCCUGCGCCAAUGGCCACAGAAUGGUCUUGGCCUAAAUGGCAAUAUGUGUAACUUUUUCGAUCUGCUGGGCAGAGUGAAUAAUGGAAUUUGCUGCACGGACAUUGAUGCCAAUACGUUCGGAGUGUUUCCACUGCCGGGCACAACACCCACAACAACGACAACGGAGAAGCCUGCGAUGGCAGCCGAUGAGGAGGAUAGGGUGGAUGUGAAUCCUGAAGAGGAGGAAGUCCUAAUGGAAGUUCCCCGACCGGAGGACCCCAUUGAUAAUGUGAACAGUGUGGAGGACAUGCCCGAUUUCCAGGAUGUCAACACUAUCGAGGGUCAUGCUCCAGACGUGGAGUCCCAACCCGAAGAGGAACCGAUGGAGCAGCCGAUGGAGCAGCCAAUGGAGCAACCGCUGGAGCAACCCAUUCCCGCCCAGCCAGCCUCUACCAUUAACCCCUACCAGUGGCCAUUUGGCUCCUUUGCUGGUGGUGUGGCCCAGUGGCCACCGGCUCUGCCCACGCAUCCACCCACAACUGGUGGCUGGCCACCACCGCUACCCACCCAUCCGCCGAAUCACCAUUAUCCAACGCAUCCCACAGCAGGUGGAGUGCCCAGUACAAAGCGCACCACUCUGAGACCCACUAUUAUUAGCAGACCGCCCACCACCACCAGGCGUCCCAGUUAUCCUAGUUAUCCCACGGCUACCACAACCAGCACGACCACCACGAGGCGACCCUCGAGCGGAAGCAGUCCCGAAGGACUGCCGCUGCAGUGCGGCAACAAGAAUCCCGUGACGCCCGACCAGGAGCGGAUUGUCGGGGGCAUCAAUGCCAGUCCGCAUGAGUUUCCCUGGAUAGCAGUGCUCUUCAAGUCGGGCAAGCAAUUCUGCGGCGGCAGUCUCAUCACCAACAGCCACAUCCUGACCGCAGCUCACUGUGUGGCACGCAUGACCUCGUGGGAUGUGGCGGCCUUGACUGCCCAUCUGGGUGACUACAAUAUCGGCACUGAUUUUGAGGUCCAACAUGUCUCUCGUAGGAUUAAGCGACUGGUGCGCCACAAAGGUUUCGAAUUUAGCACAUUGCACAACGACGUAGCCAUACUCACGCUGAGUGAGCCGGUGCCCUUCACCCGGGAGAUCCAGCCCAUUUGCCUGCCCACCUCGCCCUCGCAACAAUCCCGCUCGUACAGUGGUCAGGUGGCCACCGUGGCCGGAUGGGGCAGUCUGCGGGAGAACGGACCCCAGCCCUCCAUUCUCCAAAAGGUGGACAUUCCUAUCUGGGCGAAUGCCGAGUGUGCCAGGAAAUACGGACGAGCAGCACCCGGCGGCAUCAUUGAGUCCAUGAUCUGCGCUGGUCAGGCGGCCAAGGAUUCCUGCAGUGGCGAUUCUGGUGGCCCCAUGAUCAUCAACGAAGGCGGACGCUACACUCAGGUGGGAAUCGUGUCCUGGGGCAUUGGCUGCGGCAAGGGUCAAUAUCCUGGCGUGUAUACGCGUGUCACUUCGCUGCUGCCCUGGAUCUACAAGAAUAUCAAGUAAAUAUAGGAUUCCGAUUAGUCUAAGACGUGAUAUGCAGCAAUAUAAGAGCGAACGAUUUAAUAAAAUGACAAAACCAUUAUCGGUUGAUACUUUUUCAAA